GUUUUCAGAUUUAGGAGAAGUGAUUGUGCAGAAUGGCUAGGACCAAGCAGACCGCUCGUAAGUCUACUGGUGGCAAAGCCCCUCGCAAACAAUUGGCCACUAAAGCUGCUCGGAAGAGCGCGCCUGCCACUGGGGGAGUGAAAAAGCCCCAUCGUUAUCGCCCCGGCACUGUAGCCCUGCGAGAGAUCCGCCGCUACCAGAAAUCUACUGAGCUGCUCAUCCGCAAGCUGCCCUUCCAGCGCCUGGUGCGUGAAAUCGCCCAGGAUUUCAAGACCGAUUUGCGCUUCCAGAGCUCGGCCGUUAUGGCUCUGCAGGAG